AUGGUUCAAAUUCGACGAUUGCCUUUGACAAAGAAGAAACUAAAUGUAAAGCUCAUGAUGUACUUACGAAACAUUCAAGCACGACUACCAAUGCAUUUAUACUUGAUAGGCUUUAAGAAUUUGAAAAUGGUGUUCAAGUCAAUAUUUUAUCAAAGAUCCAUAGUUAUCGCUUUUUCCUUCCCAUAUAUAUGUGAAGUAUUACCAAAAAUUAUCAAGACAGUAAUAAAGAGUAUAUUUGACUUAAAAUUUAAUGAUAUUCAUAUUAAAAUCUGGAAAAUAUUGAAAGACCCUUUCAAAGCUGACAGGUUGCCGAUUUUUAUGAUCAAACUAAUUGCCACUUUAAAUGCCUUAAAUCCAUUGUUAUUAAAGUUAUUGGUACCCUAUGUUGAUGGAAUGUACAUUCAAUUUCUAUCCACUUUUUUAGCAGCACUCAUUGCUUCCUUAUUAAACUUUCCAUAUUUUCAAGAAUUGAAAAUUUCGCAAGAUAGAUUUUACACAUUCGAUUGGACUUUACUUUUAAUAACCAAAGCUUCUGACACAAUUUUAUCUUCAUUAGCUACUAAUUAUUGUGCAUCGUCUCCGAUUUCCGGUAGUAGCGUGGAUUUAUUAUUGUCAAUUGCUUCUACUUACCUCAUCCUGGAUGCUUUCUGGUUUCAUCCAGAAAAAUUAAAUCCAAAUUAUGUUAGAUGGAUCAACAAAAUAUCCGUUAUCGAUCCAGAAGUAGUUGAAGGAAUAAGAUAUUUGAAAGAUGGGACGUUAGACUAUCAACCAUAUCCUAAUGAACAAGGCAAGUUGUGUCAUCAAGAUCAUUACGAAAAAUAUGCUUUAAAAAACAAUAAAGACCCAGCAUUAGGCGAUAUAAAAAUACAAAAUAAAUUACCAUGCGAGGUUUUACAUCAAUUUCGCACCAAAAGUUGUAAAGAGAAUACAUUACUAGCAUUCAUGAGACAAUUCAAAACAACCUUCAAAUUCUACUCAUACAUCAACCUAUUCAUGUAUAUAUUUGUGAGAAGAUUCAGAGGAAAAUUUGUGAAUGUGAUAAAGAAAACAAUAAGAUCGUCAUUAUUCAUUAGUUCAUUAAAUGCUAUCCAGUGGGGUUGUAUAUGUCUAAUUAGAAAUCAUCACCCCGAUUGGAGGAAUCAAAAAUAUUGGGAUAUCAUAGCUCCCAAAAUCGGUUCAGCUUUUGCUGGUCUUAGUAUUUUAUUUGAAAAUCCUCAAAGAAGAAACGAUGUUUUGCUAUUUGUAAUACCCAAAGCCUUAGGGACUUUUAUCGAUUUGAAACCAACACCAAUAAAUAAAUUGUUGGAAAUAUUUGGGUUUAGUUUAAGCUUUGCUGUAUUGGUGGCUUUUGCCAGACUGAAUCCUCAUAGAUUAAGGGGACUUGUUGGCAGGGGUCUAAGUUAUAUGGUCAAAUAA